CGGAAGUAAUCCAUUGCCAGGGAGAUUGUACACAAGCUACGCAUCUUCUUGUCAUUUUUGACUCGGUACAUCGUGUGUGCCUGUGCGACUGUGUGCAGAAUGCCGUGACACAACAGUCACAUCAUGGUCGAACAGUAUCAAGAGCAAUAUGUCCUGGAUCUCCUUCAGGACUUGAGGACGUCCAAACUCUACACAGAUCUCCACAAUGCAGCGCAGACUGAAGCAGCCAAGGCAAGUCUACGAAUCUCGGACUUGAAGAAGGGUGUACAAGCUGGACUUGUACAGUCAGGCUGGGACCGGCGACUUCGGAAUGCUGUGUGUAAGUACAUGCAGACCCACCCCAAGACCUCCCAGCCUCACGCCCCACCAGAACAGAACAAGGAACCACUGGCACAUCUCAGGAAGGCACAGCAAGCAUGGGAGAAGAAAAUCCUGAAGAGCCUCAACAGCAUGUGCACAGAGCUGAACAUUCCACUAGCUAGAAGGCGCCCAGAGCGAGAGCAGCGUGAGAUGUCAUCCCGCUGGACCGAACUGGGCACUGACGGUCCAGGUAAUUAUUAUCUCAGCCAGAUCCGUCCAGUGUACGCACCCAAAGACUUCUUGGAGGUGGUCAUCGGUCUCCAGAACACCAACUAUCAGACUACUCCGGCGCCAAGUUUCUACAACUUUUGGGGCAUCAUUCAAAUUCCAUUAAAAGUCAAGGAAAUAAAUGAAUUGAGACUGCAGUACAGCGACAUGUCCAUCAACCAGUGCCAGACCGGAGUGGACGACUACACCGACAUCCCCGCCGAACUGUUCGAACUGGACAGAGUCAAAUUGGGCAAAAAUGUUAUCAAAGCCAACCACGGACCUCUAGCACAGGAGUAUGCAAAGAAAGGCUGCCCAGUCAGUUUGCGGGGCGAUCUUUGGUGUCAGAUGUUGGUGGUGGAGGUCGAUGAUGUGGAUGUGCUGUACUACGACCAACUGAAGGCCAACGUACUACAGCAUGACCUGUUGGUGGACAACUUGUUAUAUAAGGAUGUGAAACUAACAGCUACAAAUGAUGACCAGUAUUUUGUUUUUGAGGAUUUCCUGUACCAGGUGCUGUUGCCAUUUUCCCGAGAUACCCAUAUCCUGAAGCACUUUCAGCAGAGCAGCGCCACACCCCCCAAGUCGUAUAUCAGGGGAAAGCUAGGGAUUGAGGAAUUUGCUGUCUUCUACCCUCCUAAUGGGGUCAUCCCCUUCCACGGCUUCGCCAUGUAUGUGUCUCCUCUGUGCUUCCUGUACAAGGAGCCAGUCAAGUUGUAUUAUGUCUACCGGGAGCUCUACAUGCAGUACUUCUUCCGCCUGCACAGCGUCUCCUCUCAUCCAGAGGGUAUCGUUGGGCUGAGUCAGCUGUUUGAGAAGCUGCUUCAGGAACAGGAACCUCAACUCUUCUACCACCUCAAGUCUGUCGGGUGUCAGCCACUGAAAAUAUCAUUCAAGUGGAUGAUGAGAGCCUUCUCUGGUUUCCUGGCCAGUGAGCAGGUGCUGCUGUUGUGGGACAGGAUCCUGGCAUACCGGUCCCUGGAAAUACUGCCUGUGUUAUCCGUGGCCAUCUUCUCAUUCCGUAAGACGAACCUGAUGAAGGUGCAGACAUUUAAUGCUGCUGAGGCGGUGCUGGCAGAUCUGACGACGUUACAGGCUGUGCCUCUCAUCCAGCUCAGCCUGUUCUCGCAGUGAUCACCAGACAGACCCAGCCUUGCUCCCUCCCACCUUUAGGAAAAGACAAACGACAGAUUUGUCUCAACACAAGAUAGCCUUAUCGCAGUGGGAAGUUUUACAGAUGACUCCCAAGUUACAAGAUACUGUCACAGAUUAUCUGUCCAAAUGCACUUCGGGCUUUCCUCCCACAUUAAGCUGACAUGCCGUGAUAUAACUGGAAUAAUGUUAAAAGCGGCGUUAAACCCAACUCACUCACUAUCUGUCCCAAUGAAUAAAUGAUGUAACUCUCGAGACUUUUGUGAGGGUGUCAUGGCAUUCAUUCACAACAGAUAGUCCGUGAAUCAUUGAGUUUCAUUGCCGUUUCUAAGAAAGAAAAUGGACAAAUUCAGAUGAAAUGUCAACCCAAUAUUAAGUUUGUUCUGGUGAUGUAAUUUGUGAUGGCAUGAACAACAGAGCAGUGUGACAUCGCAUGGCUUCACAUGACCAAUUAACAGUGAGAUUAAGCUGCACAUGUGCAGAUAUGAGAAAGGUUCACACUCCUUUCCACCUCAAGGUGUUCUAUAUGAUAAUGUGACCAGUUUGUGAAGGACAUGCCCGUGGGACAAGUGUGUCCACAGUGAUGUAAUUUGUUUCCAUCAUAGAAAAGAUGUAGAGAAAGUCAGUGUACUCACCUGCUGCUACUACUGCCAGUGCUGGAGGGAGUGUGAAAGAUUGAGACAUUUUGAGACUCGGAUUUGAAUGGAUGGAUGGAUGGGAGGAUGGAUGGAUGAAACUUAAGUCAGUGUGUAAUCAUAUAUGUAAGAAAUAUGUCAAAAGUGAAAAAGGUAAUUAGGUUAUUCCUUCAUAGUAAAGGUGAUGGAUGGAAAGGGAUCCAAUUCUGGACUCUUUUCUUGUUUUUAAUUUUGAAUGUCAAGUGAUUUGACCAAUGACUUCGACUUUAGUUAUGCUUGCUUUGGCAUUAAUAUUGUCAGUAUGAAAUGAAAAUCACAAAGGACUGGUUAGGAUAAGGGUCUUUUGGGAACCACUGGAAUUGUCAAAUUUUAAAGUAUUGCUAUAAACAUUAUCAGGAGAGUUCACAUAGCUGACAACCAGUCUUUCUCCUUUCUGACACUUGCAAGUUUUGGACCUCUGACGGGAUAAAAUACACGGCUAAAAUGUUCAAAUGUUAUAAAAUAAGCGUUUCCUGAAAAUCCCUUAAAUUAGUCUUUUAACACCUAUGCAUUUAUUGAUGAAAUAAGCAAAGACUAGUACUCCAUCAUAUGAACACAUCUGAUAUUUUUUAUAACAAUUUCAUAACCGCUUAUUCAGAGUUUGAAAUCCUGAACUGGUUGAACAUAAAUACAGGAAGUAAAUGUUGAAAUUUCUAAGAAAAAUAUACUCCUUCAUAAAAAUAUUUCUAGAGUAUAGGACCUAAUUUUUACACAUACUUUGAGACAUUUACACAAGAAGCUGACAACCUUUGGAAUAGGAGUGUGUUUGCCGUAACCAGAGAUGGCCAAAAUUAAAGUUUGGGCAGAAUCAAUACAAUAUCUUACAAAAUUCAGCCAAUGUGAAAAAGUAAAACUUUACAGAUUUUAUCCAACAACCAUCCUUUUAUUAAGCUAAUUAUUGACCUAGUUACAGGCAUUGUCAAUACAACCAAUUACCAAUUAAUACGUGAUUGUCUCAGUCGGUACAUAGUUUUGCAGAUUGAGGAGUUUGGGGAUAAAAUACAAUGUAAAUGAUAAUUUGUUUUCACGAUCACCAUAGUCCUUGCUAAUUAUGAUUGCAAAUCAUUUUUGGGGUAAAUUACUAAUUUUAAACCCCAAAUAUUCAAGUUGUUCCUUAUUUCCUCCAUUUGGGUUUGGUAUCUGUGCUAGACUUUGGACUGCCUCUGUGGUCCAGAGGAUAGAACAUCUGCUUGGAGAGCAGACGUCAAACUCAUGGACGUCAAUCUGAAAGACAGGGCUUCCUGUUACCCUGUCAGGCGUUCAGCAUUACAGGGAAAAAACAAAAACUGGUCGGUAUCUCAGUGGGCUAGCACUUUAAAACUGGCAUUAGUCCGAACUAGUACAAGCAGCCACACAAACAUGUGCAUGCACAUCCCUUUAUGAGUGAAAUCAUCUUGAACCAGAGGAUAUAUCCCAUUUGACCUCAUCUCACCUGCUAAACUUUUUGAUUGAUUUCGGCAAAAGCACCAGCUAACACAGCACAGCUAUUUGAAAACCCUAUCAAAUAAUGUUUAGGGUUGUUCUAUUAACAACAGGAUACAGUUUCUAAUAGGGAUGAGGAAUAUGAUAUGAAGUAUUGUAUAAAGUGAUGCGCAGUAUGCUGUGGUGUGAGAACCUUGGUUGUUUUGUAAUGUGCAUUGAUUAAAGUACACCAUAAAAACCCAAUGUUUGAAUAUGCGCUUUACAUCUGUGCAAUUGUCUGGUUGGGUAGUACCAUGCUGAGAACCUAUUAUGGUCUGGUGAAGAUUUGUUAAUGAUAAAUAUAUACGUUUCAAUACAAGAAUACUAUUUAUAUAUUUAUUGUUGCAAUUGAUAUUUGUAUUUGUAUAGUCAUUACAGAAUAAUGUCAAAAUGUCACAGAAUAGUGAACAUUUUGAUUGAAUAAACUGAAUUAUGUGUA